CUUUCAUAUUUCUAAACGUAUACUUAACAGAAUGCUGUUUGUAUUACUGCAUGCUUCUGGUUUUGUUGUACUGUUAUUCACUUUUUUUAUUUUUAUUUUUUUAUUUAUCAUGGUGCUACCAAUAUUAGGCAAAAGGAAGUUUACUUGCAGUUAGUUCUUUUGUAAGACUAUCAAAAGAAAGAAGGAUAGUUCUUUUGUUGUUUUCGUGGUGGGGUGGGUGACAAGGUUAGUGAGAGGGUUAGAAACAUCGACAAUAUAUUGGGUUUGUUUGGUGUAACUUUUCUAAAGCUAAGGGAACCACCUAAAAUAGUUAAAAAGUCAAAAAGUCACUACAAAAAAGUCAACUCUUCUCUCUACUUUUUUGCAUGCCUUUCCGUAAAAAGCCAAGAAGUUAACUAAAAUAACCACUUCCCAAAACAACCCUAAAAGUGGAUAGCAGAAACUGAAAGCACCCUCUCCUAACUUUGAGGCUAUGAAGCAUGGACACUCCAAAAUUGAUGCCGUAGCAGUGUCCGACACGCGGACACGCCGUGGACACGUACGGGACAAGCUAGAUGGCGUGUUCCUUUAAUUUAAUGAUUUUUUGGAAGGGGACACGGCGGGGACACGCGUGUCCAUUUCUGGGCACGCCAUGGGACACGGCAGGGCUCGUUUUUGAAUUUUUUAUAUUUAUUUGGGGUCAAAGUAUAAUAUUUAUAAAAUAAAAAAAAAAGAAGAAAAACAACGGGCAAAGCCUAAUCGAACAACUGAGGAGUAAAGGAGUAAAAUUAGACCUGCGAAGACCUUCUCUCGCUCAGUCGAAGCCCUCUCUCUCAGUCGAAGCCCUCUGAAGUCGAUCGAAGCUUUGUCUCUCAGUUGCAGCCCUCCGACGUCAAUCGAAGCCCUCCGACGUCGAUCGAAGACCUCUGAUCCAGUCGUCUCAGUCUCUAUUUCAGUCGAUCCAGUCGUCUUCGAAGGAAAAAUGUCUUGUUCAAAUUCUGCCAAUAACACACCAUCUGCCUUUGAUGCUGAAGAUGAUAAGCCACUGUGGAAAUAUGUGACUAGAUUAGAAAAAUCUGGUGCAAAGGGGGGGAAUUAUACUUUUCAAUGUAACUAUUGUCGGGUUACACGUAAAGGUUCAUACACUAGGGUAAAAGCUUAUUUGAUGCAAAUAAAAAAUCAGGGGAUAGAAGUGUGUCCAAAAGUAACAAGUAAGAAUAAAGCUGAUUUUGAGAGAGCAAUUGCAGAAGCAGAGUUGAAAUUGAAAAACUCUAGGUUGAAGAAAGUCCCAUUGCCUCCUCCUUGUUCAAGUGCAUCAUUAGGUUUAUGUUUUAAUGAACCAGAGGAGAUAUAUGGAUCAAAAAGGAAGAGGUCAACUGCUUUAGGGAGUGGAAGUAGUAGUAACCCUGUUAUGAAGGCAUUUAACAUUGGGGCUCGAGAACGACUAAAUAGUGAGAUAGCUAGAAUGUUUUAUUCAGCAGGCUUGCCAUUUCAUUUGGCAAGAAAUCCUUACUAUGCUAGUGCAUUUACUUUUGCUGCAAAUAACAACAUACAAGGAUAUGUACCACCUGGGUAUAACAUGUUGAGAACUACAUUGCUUCAAAAAGGAAGGAUAAACAUUGAUAGGUUGUUAGAUCCUAUUCGAGGCUCAUGGAGAGAGAAGGGGGUGAGUAUAGUCAGUGAUGGAUGGAGUGAUUCCCAACGAAGGCCAUUAAUAAAUUUUAUGGUUGUUACCGGAGGUGGGCCUAUGUUUCUUAAAGCGGUUGAUUGUUCAGGGGAAACAAAGGACAAAUAUUUUAUUUCUAACUUGAUGAAGAAAGUAAUUAUGGAGGUUGGGCCUAAAAAUGUGGUUCAAGUCAUUACAGAUAAUGCCGCAAAUUGCAAGGCAAUGGGGCACCUAAUUGAAGCACAAUUUCCUCACAUCUUUUGGACUCCUUGUGCUGUGCACACCCUCAAUGAUAUUUGUGCUGCCAAGAAUGUGGAAAAUAAUUCAAUUGCAUUUGAAGAGUGUAAUUGGAUUAGUGAGAUUGUGGGUGAUGUGAUGAUGAUCAAGAAUUUUAUUUGUAAUCAUUCCAUGAGGUUGGCAAUGUACAAUGAGUUUGUGAGUUUGAAGCUUCUUUUAGUUGCCGAGACAUGCUUUGCUUCUUCCAUUGUCACGCUUAAGAGGGUCAAGUUGAUAAAGCAAGGUCUCCAAACAAUGGUAAUCAGUGACAAAUGGAGUUGUUAUAGGGAUGAUGAUAUUGGCAAGGCCAAGUUUGUGAAGGAUAAGUUAUUGGAUGACUUUUGGUGGGAUCAAGUUGACUACAUACUUUCCUUUACUGCUCCUAUUUAUGACAUGAUUAGAGUUUGUGACACCGAUAGACCUUCUCUUCACUUAGUAUAUAACAUGUGGGAUACAAUGAUAGAAAAAGUGAAGAUGGUGAUAUAUAAGCAUGAAGAAAAGUGACUAGAAGAUGAGUCUACAUUCUAUGAUGUAGUACAUCAGAUUCUUGUAGACCGGUGGAACAAGAACAACACACCACUUCAUUGCUUGGCACACUCAUUGAAUCCAAGGUAUUAUAGUGAUGUGUGGUUUCAUGAGGAUCCAAGCCGAGUUCCCCCACAUAGGGAUGAGGAGGUUUGUCUUGAGAGAAAAAAGUACUUGAAAAGGUUCUUUGAUGAUCUAAUAGAGCGCACUAAAGCAAAUUUGGAGUAUGCUAAGUUCUCAACAAAAGAGGGGCCAUUUGCUGACAUUGAUUCCAUUGGAGAUAGAUGUGAUAUGGAUCCUCAUAGUUGGUGGGUUGUUCAUGGUGCAUCUGCACCCACUCUUCAAUCUUUGGCUUUAAGGCUACUUGUGCAACCUUCUUCUUCAUUAUGUGCUGAGAAGAAUUGGAGUAUAUACUCUUUUAUCCAUUCAAUGAGAAGAAACAAGAUGACACCCCAACGUGCAGAGGACUUGGUUUUUGUACAUAGCAACCUCCGUCUUUUAUCAAGGAGAACCCCACAAUACCUUGAAGGAGAGACCAAGUUAUGGGACAUUGCGGGCGGCACAUUUGAUUCAUUUAAUGAUGUUGGGAUGCUUGAGGUUGCAAAUCUGUCACUUGAUGAACCUGAGAUGGAGGUUGUGUUGUUUACAGAUCAUGGAGGUGCAAACGAAGAAAAAGGUGGUGAUGCUAAUGAUGAUGAAGACGUGCAAGAAAUUGGAUCUACUUGAAGUUUUGAAAGGCCUACUUCUUUUCUUUUUUUUUCUUUUUUUUCUUCUUCUUUGUCUCUUAUUUAGUGUUUUUGUGAAGAAUAUUGUUGGAUGUUAGAUGUUGGAUGUUUUCCCCUUAUAUUUAAUGUUGGAUGUUGGAUGUUGAAUC